CUUAAAUUUGUAUAAAUAUUAAAGAAAUUUAAGUAGCAAGAACAUUUGCUUACGUAAUUUUGAGGAAAAUUAAGCUAAACUUUUGUAGAUCUGCAAUGGAAGUUUCAGUACAAUUUAUAUUUCUAAUGUUCUUCAUGAAUAGUUGGAAUUUCAACAAAGCUUAUGUUCCAUCGGGUUACCUUGGAUGCUACAUAGAUAAGAUUGCCCGCAUUUUAUCUCACAGAAUGCCAAAUUCAGCACACAACUCGGGCGACCAGUGCAAGAAACAAUGCAAGGCCGCUGGGUACAGAUAUGCUGGAACAGAGUUUACGUACGAAUGUUUCUGUGGAAACUUCAUAAAAGAAUACCCGAAAGGUUCAAAGUGUACAGCGAAAUGUCCUGGAAAUAAGGACGAGGUAUGUGGAGGGACGUGGCACAUUUCAUUAUACGAUACAAAGGCAAACGACGAUUCAAAAGUUUAUGUACCAUCGGGCUACCUCGGAUGCUAUAUAGAUAAGACUGUCCGCAUUUUGUCUCACCGAAUGCCUAAUUUCGCAAAAAACACUGGCGAUCACUGCAAACAACAAUGCAAGGCUGCCGGAUACAGAUAUGCUGGAACAGAGUAUACUGUGGAAUGUUUCUGUGGGAACAAUAUAAAAGAUUAUCCAAAAGGAUCAGGGUGUACAGCUAAAUGUCCUGGAAAUAAGUACGAGGUAUGUGGAGGGACGUGGCACAUUUCCUUAUACGAUACGCAGGAAAACGACGAGUCUGAAGACUUGGAGUCCUCAGAAGAUUUGAAAUACUGCGAUAUAUACGAUGUCUGUCCUCCAAAAUGGAAAUGCAGAAAUAAGAAAAAAGGCUUUUUAUGUCGGGCGCCAUAAUCAGAAGUCAGAAGCAGCAAGUAAAAAUACUGGAAGCUUAAUACGAAAAUCGCAAUAUUCGGAUGUUCUUAUGAUAAAUAUGUAACACAAUACGUAUGACUAUAAUAAGAACAAAACAGUCUUUAUUAUAAGAACAGUUUUUAAUAUUCCUCUUUAUUUUCUAACUACAUUUUAUUGUUCAAUUUCUGCAAUAUGUGUGUAAGAGACGCGCUUAGUAUAAAAAUAAACGAUUUUGUCGGAUAACAUGUGUA